UGUUCCAACUGUAUAGUGUUUCGUGCAUUUCUGAGCGCCCAGCGCAGUCGAUAGGGAGUGGGCGAGCCGUGUGCUAAUUUGGUUCAAUUCCCUGCAGAGUGGUUUUAAGCUUCACAAGUAUUUCAGCGCUACGGGUGGAGGCGCCUCUGUCUCACAAACCUUAUUGAUUCCUUUACAUACCUGUAAUUUUGAAAUACGCUCUGUAUUUGCCGUUUAAAGGCCAUUUCACAUGCGCACGGGAUCUAGACAAGUAACCUUCACUGAAAAAAAUGAUUCCCAGAACGGGUGUGGGCUAUGGGGUGGGGGUCUGAGGCAAUGCCUGGUUCUGACCCCCCUGGGUCAAAAACACCCAGCAGCCCUGAGAUGAUGAGUAGCCCUCCACCCUGGCACUCCUCUAAGUGAUGAAGACCCCUGCCAUCCUCAUCCUGUUUGUCCUGUGCAGAACUGUGCUUGUGUCAACGAAGACGGUGAAGCACACGGUGGAGGAAUGGAACAGAUACAGGAACGAGUGCCUGCUGAGAAUGAGCACGGACCCCACUCCCCCAGGCUUGUUCUGCGGCCGUAUGUUUGACAUGUAUGCCUGCUGGCCGGAGGGUGUCCCCAACAGCACGGUUAAAGUACCCUGCCCGUGGUACCUCCCCUGGUACAACCAAGUUCGUAAUGGGUAUGUGUUGCGGGAGUGUGGGCCUGAUGGCCAGUGGGCCGUUAACAACACCAGUAGCACAUGGAGGGACCACUCCCAGUGCAACGCAGACAAUAACCAGCAGGUAGCACAGGAGAACCAGAUGGUGAUCUUGGCCUACUUCCGGGUGAUGUACACUGUGGGCUACUCUCUGUCCUUGGCCAGCCUUUCCCUGGCCCUCAUCAUACUGCUCAUCUUCAGGAAACUAAGGUGCACCAGGAACUAUAUCCACACCAAUCUGUUUGCGUCCUUCAUCCUGCGAGCCAUAUCCAUCCUCACCAGAGAUGCUGUUCUCACCAGGGACACCCCAGAGUUCAGAGACAACAGAGACGUGUCCAACGUCCUCAGUGAUAAGGCCCUGUCUGGCUGCCGUGUGGCCCAGGUGCUGAUGCAGUACUGUGUGGGGGCUAACUACUACUGGCUGCUGGUGGAGGGCCUGUACCUCCACAACCUGCUGGUGCUCAUGGUCUUCUCAGAGAACAGCUACUUCUGCGGAUACCUCUUCAUCGGCUGGGGAUCCCCAGUGUUAUUUGUGGUCCCCUGGAUUAUAGUGCGGUACCUGUAUGAGAAUGCACGGUGCUGGGAGAUCAACGAGAACAUGGCGUACUGGUGGAUCAUCCGCACACCCAUCCUCCUGGCCAUUCUGGUCAACUUUUUCAUAUUUAUUCGGAUCAUACAGAUCCUUGUCUCCAAAUUAAAGGCAAACCAAAUGAGGUACACCGAUUAUAAAUUCAGGUUGGCAAAGUCCACUCUUACCCUCAUCCCUCUCCUCGGCAUCCAUGAGGUUGUCUUUGCCGUGAUGUCAGAGGAACAGACCGAGGGCGUCCUCCGAAAUAUCAACCUCUUCUUUGAACUUUUCUUCAACUCUUUCCAGGGUCUACUGGUUGCCAUCCUGUACUGCUUCGUCAAUAAAGAGGUGCAGUCAGAGAUAAAGAAGAAGUGGCAGCGAUGGAAGCUGGGCAUGACCGUCCUGGACGACCUUCGCAACACCGGCAGCAACACGCCACAGGGGGGCACCGGCGGCGGGCAGUGCCACCACGACCCGCCCUGCCAGCCUGACUGUCCACAGGAGGAUACCCACAACCUCUUCUCGGAUGCCUCCGCCUCGGGGCCGCAUCCUCACCCGCACCCACACCACCACCCAGGGGCCAAGAAGGGCAAGGCCUACUGCUACAUUUCCGCCCGCAAGCAGGUGCUGAAUGGCCUUGAUGGAGCUCCGCUGGGAAACGGGGGUGGAGAGGGAGCCAUCAAAUACUCUGAGAGCUACUGUUGAGUGGCUCGGUGAGGGGGCUAACGACUAGCUGGCUACCUUUGUAAUUUCUAGUGGGUGGAAUCCAAAGCAGACAACCUGCCUGCUUCAGUGGUGUACUUCCAGAUCUAUGUGGCCUACUGUAGUUGGUGUUUCAUCGAACCCAUGUCUUAAUAGCUGUGUGAACAUGAUCCGGGACUCAUUGGAUGAUUGCCAGAAUGUUUUUUCUGCACUGGCCAAUCAGGCUGUGUGUUGUGACUCCUAUAGGUUUUCAGUGGCAGAUAGGAUGACCCAUCCCAAGUGCAAUAUCGCCUCAAUCGACCUAGAUUAACUUUUUACAUUUUAUUUAACCUUUAUUUAACUAGGCAAGUCAGUUAUGAACAAAUUCUUACUUACAAUGACAGCCUACCCCGGCCAAACCCAGACGAGGCUGGGCCAAUUGUACGCCGCCCUAUGGGACUCCCAGAUGUUGAGGAAAGCUACUUCAAUAAGGAAAUGAACACCGUCCAACCUUGAUCUGCUCUGAUUCGACUGUUUUGGGGGUUUGCUUCUUUUGUUUUCUACCUCUUGCUCUACUUGUGGACAAAAUGGAAACGUUAUGUGCCAACCGUGGACCGUCUUUUCAUGUGCAAUGGAUAAUUCUAACAAUAGUGUGUUUAUAUGUUGGUAUUGGACAAACUCAGUGAGGGACUUAGAGAAGGCAAGAGGUGAGUAAAAAACAAUAUUGUCUUCCCCAGUGAGCUAGCCACACAAACACUAUGGUUUCCCUUGGCAACACUGUAUUUUGAAUUCUUCUCACCCAAUCGUUUAACAUCGCUAACUAGUCAUACAUUUACUGCAACCUUAUAGGCCUAACUGAAUACAGUGAGCAAAGGAAACGUGUGCUUACGCAAUAUCGUAGACCUCAAGGCAGGCACAUUACUAUCAUGGUGGUUGCUGUGUGUGAGGCAGACUUCUGCAAAUUAGAAAGAUGGAUUCUAUGAUUACAUGCCCUAUGUGGAAGAUAACUGGCAAGACACUUAUUCUUCAAAUGAUGUCAGUGGGGGAAGGGGAGUUUCUUUACUGCACUGUCAAAAUGGGUUGAAUUAUUUGUAAGGUCCUAUUAACGUAGUUUUCACUAUCACAGAAUGGAAGGUGAACGUAAUCCAGAGGUCUUUUAAGCACUGUAUCUACAUGCAAAUUAAAAGACGAUAACUGGAAUGGCGUAGUCUGUGGCACCUUCUUCUUUAAUCUUCUCGAUUUAUCACAGGCUUAUGCAAUCUGAAAUGCAAAUGAUCUCUAUCGGGGUGAGUUCUGGUAGCCUGUUACCCUCCACAAAUAGUUUUUUCUUGUAGGUUUUCCAGACUAACUAUAAAUCCCCUUACCACCCAGCUGACAGUUUUAUAUUCCCCUGAACACAGGUCGUAACAUGCCUAGAGGGAAUGUCUCUUCUGCUUCUGGGAAUUAAGGUCCCAGUCCCCAGUACCCCUGCUGCCAUGUGGCCUAAACACUAUGGUGCAAUAGGAAAUGGCUCUCUACAUGAUAACCCACAGCUACAAAUUACACAAGUAUUCUACUGUAUGUGUGGUGAUGGUAUGUAGGUCUAUGUGUCUGACAGCAUGUUUGCAAAGCUAGGAUCCAUUCUGUUCAUCCUGUGUGAAGAUGUCUGUUACAUUACAUAUAUCUGUGGAAGGAUGCAACAAACUCAGUUCUCCAGGCUGGAAUCUGUGACAAAAUAUUUUGCCCUGAUUACACACUCACCCUUAGUGAAGAUUUGAAAUACCAAUCACCCAAUAUGAGUUUCGCUAAAGGCCACUUUUUUUGUGCGAACCCAGCUAACAAUCCCCUACUCCUAUUUAAAGACUGGUCUCAAUCUAAAACACAGCAUAACCCUAACUUCUCCAGAUAUAGCUUGACUACUCGGUGUGUAUGGAUCUGUCUGAGUGUCCAGAGCCCCUCAACUCAUUUUACGGUUUGUCAUUUGAGGGUCAUAUUGCACCUAAUGGCUAUCCACCGGUUGAACAGUGGUUCUGUAGGCAAUUAAACCAGGCAGUUGUCAACUUCCCUGUAUUUCUGUCUUCCCAUACACUCCAAAUGGGACCAACCCAUUACCCAAGCAUGUCCACCAUCCAUCUCUCAGUGUCAUACAAAUGAACUGACAUUUUUUUUCACUAGCAGUAUUCCUACUAGGGUCAUUACUGGUACUUGUCUCGAUGCCUCUGGGUGCAUAGAUCAUUACUCGAAUGGUGUGUGUGUGUGUGUGUGUGUGUGUGUGUGUGAUAAUAUCUUAAUUUCCAAAGUGGCUUGGCUGAACCUCACAAAUUCUGAAAUAGCAUUCACAAACAGAGCGUUGUACUUCACAAAUAUCUUCUUGUAUAAUGUACCUUUGGCAACAGCACAUGUCAUUUCUUUGGCCAUCAUUACAACAUAUUGUGUUGUUUGUAAAACUGCUUAUGUCAGACAUGGACUCUUCAAUAAAAAAACACGAUCAGAUGUAGCAUAGAGUUAGUUAGCAUUGCUAGUAUGUGUUACAGUGGUGCCGUGACCUGGAUCUAGAGAGUGGACAGUAAAACUGUGGUCAAGGGGUGGUGGAUUCCAUGAAUGCCUACGUUAGAACCAUGCAGUGAGUUAGUACUGGACUGUCACCCUGGACCCAUAAUGCAUUGGGUCCAUUGUGGCAUGGGUGGAACGUAUUACAUAAACGGACAAGACCUUCUGACUUAACUCGACAUGUUCUAUAUACUGUACCUGUCAACAGGUAAACUGGGUGCACUGACACUCAAGUGAUACUUCACUGUGUGUGAAUAUGUUACCACGGGGCAAUUACAGUACAAAGAACAGCACCAAAUCUCACAUACUGUAUAAGGCUAUGUAACAUGAAUGGACACUAUUUUUAUUCACUUUUUAUGUACAUGUUUGUUAUUUUCACAAGUAAUUUAAAUUAAAUUAUUCUUAAUCUGCCA